GCAUGCGCAUGUGACUAUUUUGGUUUUCAUGGCUGUCUUGAAACGCGAAAAAAUGGUUUCUGUUUCCCCCGAAAAAAGAUAUUAAAGUAAUGGGCAUAAAACACAAAUGGGUGCCAACACUUCUCAACUCGAGAAAGAAAUUGGUCAUGAAUUUCCUCCGAAUGAACAUUUCUUUGGGCUUGUAAACUUUGGAAAUACUUGUUAUUGCAACUCGGUGCUGCAAGCUUUGUUUUUCUGCCGGCCUUUUCGCGACAAGGUCCUGUCAUACAAGCCACCUUCGAAGAGGAAAGAGACCUUACUCACAUGUUUAGCAGAUUUGUUCAACAACAUCGCUUCGCAGAAGAAAAAAGUGGGUGUCAUCGCACCUAAGAAAUUUGUUGCAAGACUUAGAAAAGAGAACGAAUUAUUUGAUAACUACAUGCAACAGGAUGCUCAUGAAUUCUUGAAUUAUCUACUCAACACGAUAGCUGAUCUUCUGCAAGGUGAAAAAGUGAAAGAAAAGGAAAAGGAAAAGCACAGCAGUAGCGGGAGCAUUAGCAGCAAGGGCAGCCUAAGCUCUGCCAGUACCAUAGGGUCUAUCACUCCCGCAAUACCUAACGGCACUGCCAACUGCAUCAUCAAUAAUCCAACCACCACUAACAGCAAUAUGCGUACAGAAACCACAUGGGUGCACGAGAUGUUUGAGGGAACGCUGACAAACGAGACAAGGUGUCUCUGCUGUGAAUCAGUAAGCAGCAAAGAUGAGUCAUUCCUUGACUUGUCGGUGGAUGUGGAGCAAAAUACUUCUAUUACCCAUUGUUUAAGGGGGUUCUCUUCCACAGAGACAUUGUGUAGUGAAUAUAAGUAUUUUUGUGAAACCUGCUGUACAAAGCAAGAGGCACAAAAACGAAUGCGAGUAAAGAAACUUCCUAAGCUCCUUGCCCUCCACUUGAAGAGAUUCAAAUACAUGGAGCAGCUUCAGAGAUACACCAAGCUGUCAUAUCGUGUUGUGUUCCCAUUUGAGCUUAGGUUAUUCAAUACGUCUGACGAUGCUGUUAACAAUGAUCAGUUGUACGACCUAGUGUCUGUUGUUAUUCAUUGUGGGAGUGGUCCUAACCGAGGUCAUUACAUCACAAUAGUCAAGAGUCAUGGAUUCUGGCUGCUUUUUGACGAUGACAUUGUAGAGAAAAUUGAGCCACAUACAAUAGAAGACUUCUAUGGCCUUACUUCCGAUAUCCACAAGUCCUCAGAAUCUGGGUAUAUCUUGUUCUACGAGGCGCGCGUCUGACAACUCCUUGGAUUUAUUCUAGCGAUUUAGAUAGACAAAUAGGGAUUUUUCAGGUAAUUGGUUCUAAGUUAAAAGGACCCCUAAGGUGAAAGAUUUCUAGCUUUACGAUUAUCUAGAGAUUUCCAAACUGAAAUCCUCCAAUUUAGUUCUAACCAUUUUUGAUCAUAGAAAUACUGCGUUAUUCUUUAUCUUCUUAUUUCCUUGUCUUGCUCCUUCCAUUAUGCGUCUUCUUGUUUGUUGUCAUGAAUGAAUGAUGGAUGCUCUUAGCGUAGGUUCCAUUUGUUUCUGUGAAUGGGGCUCUUCUUUGAGUUGUUGGUAUCAGGGUGUUGCCUUCUCGGCCUUUGCAUGACUAGUCUCUAGGUGACUAGCCUCUGGCGUGACUAGCCUUUGGCGUGACUAGUCUCUGGCGUGACUAGCCUCUGGCGUGACUAGCCUCUGGCGUGACUAGCCUCUGGCGUGACUAGCCUCUGGCAUGACUAGUCUCUUGCGUGACAAGCCGCUUGUGUGACUAGACUCAAAUUGGCAGAAAUCCGAUGCGAUUCGUACCUAUUUUCAUGUUAUGUUAGACAGAUGUCUGAAGGAAAACUGAUCUGUCUCAUGUAUCCUGAAUCUACCUCUUCAUUCUUGUUUUCUUGACUUUCUUACUUGAGUAAUAGCUAACUGUAGCUGAUACUGUUCAUUUUUUUCAAUUUGAAAUCCAAUUUCUUCUUCAAACCAUAGGUUCCUACUUCAAUUAAAUGACCAACAAAAUGAUGAACGUUUCUCUGUUGUAUCGGUUGGCGCUUUGUGGUGAAAUGGUGUGAUCUGAUCUUAAUCCUGGCCCAGAGGGCUUUUGACUAACGAAAGUAUAUCGGAGUUAAUCGACCGGUAAUUCUAACUGGAGCUCACAGAAUGUUGAAAAGCGCGUACCCGGUUGGUUCGUGAUUCGAAUGUUUUUAAUGUGACCAUUGCUUCUGGAUUAUCUAUGGAGGCUUAACAAGCUGGACACACGGCGGGGUCGACUCCUAAUUGCCCUGUUACCCAGUUGCACUUUUAGUGGAAUGCCACUAUUAGGAAAUAUAAUAUGUUGUCAAAUAUGUGGUAAGUGAUGCUUUCACGCAUGCGCCUCACGCUAUCGUGAUAUCACUUUGGAGGCACAUUUUAAUUGUAAUUAUUCAAGGUAUUGUACAUAUAUUUCCGGUUGUAUGUAAGCCGUACAAUUGAUGUGAAUAAAAAAGAAAUGCCUAUAAAA